GUACAAAUGGUCCCCUACAGACGCAGUUUUUGUUUUUGUUUUUACCUAAACUUGUAAUCAAUAUGGGGUUGAGUUAACGAGAAAUUGAGAUUUCUGGCUCGGGUUUAAGGAAGAAUUCUCUCACCCUUCUGCAUUUUUGUAGAGGAGCUGAAGGCAACUAGUAAUUAGAAGCCAUUUGAGGGUCGUUCCAGGUAAGGUCUGGUUUCAUUGCUUUUUUGGUCAUUCUUUUCUUCCUGCUUAAGAUUUUAUGGAGAGUGGCAAAAACAGUGCAAACCCUAAGCCCAAAACUCGAUCACGAGUAAGUCAAGAAAGAGUAGAAAAAGCAGUGGGUUCCCUCCUGAAAUGGGUUAAAUCUAGGGCACAAGAUAAAAAACCUCAGCACGUAGAACAUGAUGAGCUUUUGUACAUGGUGGCUACCCUGAAAAAGGUUUCUGACGAUGCAAGAAAAAAUCCUUAUAGAAUUCCUCUAUGCCAUCCUCUGUUUCCUUUGGAUGGAAGUCAAGAGAUCUGCUUACUUGUCAAUGACAAAGAAAAAGGAAUGAAUGCUGAUUUUGCCAGGCGCAAGCUUAAGGAAGAGGGUUUGCCUAUUUCAAAUGUUUUAAAAUAUUCCAAACUUAGGACUCAUUAUCAUUCUUUUGAGGCCAGGAAAAAGCUCUUUGAGUCCUUUGAUAUAUUCAUGGCUGAUAAAUCUGUCAUUCCCCUGCUCCCCAAGGCGUUGGGUAAAGGAUUUUUUAAGAAGAAAAAAAAUCCCAUCCCUGUGGAUUUGAGCCACAAGCAAUGGAGGGCGGAGUUGGAGUUGGCGUGUGGGUCGGCUUUUCUAAAUUUUGGGAAGGGUACUUGCUGCUUUGGUAAGAUAGCUAGGGUGUCGCAAACAAGGCAGGAAAUUGUGGAGAAUGUUGUUGGUUUCAUUGAUGGUCUUGCUUCGGUGAUUCCUAAAAAAUGGGGAAACAUCAGGGCUUUGCAUUUGAAGUCCUUGGAAUCAUUGGCACUCCCACUUUACCAGUCUGUUCCAGAUAACGGUUUUAGAACUGGGGAUGAGAAAAUAGAAUCACAAGUAUUGACAGACAAAUCAGAGGAGAAGGGAAUCCAUGCCAGAGUUUCUGAUAAAGAUCUUGAAAAGAAACCAUUGAAGAAAGAAAGGAUUCAUAAUGCGCAUUUAAUUGAACAUACGUUGGGAGAUUUGUGCGGCGAGGACUGAAAUGAAGUUGAUUAUUUCUUUAUAUGAAAAAUUAUUGAUUUUAAAAAAACUCAAAAAUAGCAUGCUAGCCUGGAAGGUGAAGAGCCGGGGGCAUUGGAAACACUGGAGAAAAUGCAGCUAAUAGAAGAAUGCAUAUAGAGGAAGAGGGAAGGUGAAAAGGUGCAAAGUAAAUAAGAAGAUAGAGAGACCUAGCGUGGCAUAGAAGAGGAAUAGCUGGAUUAAAAAAAAAUAGAGAACUAUAAAUUUGUUAACAGCUGAUGAGGAAAGAGUGUGUGGUGCUGAACAGAGAAGAAGACCACAUCAAAGUGGAUGCAGAGAGGGAGGUUGAAGGUGUAGCAACCCAGAUCAGGUAUAUAAACCAAUUCAUGUUGCAGAGAAGAAUAUUGGAAGCACUGAGAUAAAUUAGGGAAUGCAUGGUGAAGGUGCGCAGAAACAAAGGAGCCAGUUUGUACGGUGUAUGGAAACAUUGCGGUGAAAUGGUAAAGGGAGGAGUUGUAAGAAUGCAUGGAACAGAAUAGUCAGAGAGGGGUGCUAUGUGUCAAGAGCAGUUUUUAAAAAUAAAAUAUGAAUGAAGACAGAGGAGGUAGCGCAUAGUAGGAGGAAGUAAGUGUGGCUGCUGACAAGAAAUGAAUAAGUAGAGGUAAAGAAGAAAACGGCAAGAGAGCAGAGGAAUAAGUGGUAGAGAAAAAGUUUUAAAAAUUUCAGAUAAAAAUAUGUAGAGUGGGCACGUGAAUUAAUCCCAUAAAGAUUGCAGAUUGAAGUUUAUUGCAAGCACAAAGAACAAGGAGCAGCAAGAGUGCGUGGGGAAUUUCAAAGGAAAAUUUGAGCCUUCAAAAAUUGUAUUGAAGAAAGUUAAUACAGGUGAAAAAAUAAAAAGUGUCAGGCAAGGUGCAGAUUAAAGGAGAGGAAUAUAGAAGAAUAGAGGCAGUGCUAAGUAUAGUUCCUGAGAUUACAAAGCAUGAGAUUUUCUGUUGAAUGUAUGUAGAUUUGAAUUCAUUAUUGAUAAACUAGUUGUUCUCUAUUUCUAUUAUUAAUAUUAUAGUUAUUCUUCUUUUCA